CCGUGUUCUCUAUCUCAUAAAAACCAAAUCAAAAGAUUUAACAAUGGAGUCUAACAGCUUGAACAUAGACAUGGAGAAAGAUCAAGAAACUGCUUUCGAUUACUCAAAACGAUCUCCGUGGAUACGAGCUGCCGUGCUUGGUGCCAACGACGGUCUUGUCUCAACGGCUUCACUUAUGAUGGGUGUCAGUGCAGUUAAGCCAGACGUCAAAACCAUGAUUUUAACCGGGUUCGCAGGUUUAGUUGCCGGAGCUUGUAGCAUGGCAAUCGGAGAGUUUGUCUCCGUAAACUCUCAGUACGACAUAGAGGUGGCUCAAAUAAAGAGAGAGAGCGGAGAAGAGAUAGAGGAAGCAAAGCUUCCGAGCCCGAUGCUAGCGUCUGUUGCAUCUGCUGUAGCGUUUAUUCUGGGAGCGACCGUGCCUUUAUUGGCGGCUGCGUUUGUGAAAACGUAUGAAAUGAGGAUUGUAGUGAUUGCUGCGGCGGUGACGUUCGUUUUGGUUAUGAUUGGGUGGUUAGGAGCGGUUUUGGGGAAAGCACCGGUGGUUAAGUCGUUGGCUAGGACUCUGAUUGGAGGAUGGUUAGCUAUGACGGUUACUUUUGUUGUGACCACACUGUUUAGAUCACAUUUUAGAUCACAUGGUUUGUGAUAGUUUGUGCGUGUGCGCGACCGCAACCUUCUUCAUGUUUUCAUGCAACACAAUUUAAGCGGUUACGUUUUUUUCAUAUGAACUUUAGAAUAUUUAUUUAACAUGAUUACCAAAAAUAAAAUAAAACUUUAGAAUAUUUCAUGUAAGAAGAUACAUUGGAAAUUUGGAAUAUAUGGGUUUGUGAG